UAGCUUUGUAUUUGUUGGGCUUAAUAGUGAUCUCUGGAGUAAUGUUUACGAUAAGAAGCUCGUGUUCUGUAGUCUGUACACCGCACAGUGAUGUUUAGACUAUUGACGUUGGAGUAAUGGAUGUCGUAGUAGCUGUGACCGAUCGGAAAACAUGUCAGAAUGUGAUAUCAGAACUGAAGUCUAUAGGAAUUCAUGAUAGCAGAUACCCUGUGCAGAAACUCGAUGGCAACAUGUUGGGCAUUCCAAUCAAAAACGAUCUAGAAAUCCUUAAGAAAUAUUUGGUUAGUGACAACAAAUAUGAAAUCCGAGGGAAACCGUUUUAUCUUAAGAAAUGUGAUGAAGUUUUUUUAGUUGCAGCCGGUACCACUCCGGCAGCGAAGUUGAAAACUAACGUUAAGCAGUUGUUGGAUAAGAAAAAUGUGCCAAUAAGUGCGGAAGUGGAGAGCGAAAUUCCGGUAAAAUGGGAGAAAUAUGGUGAUACUGUAAUUUUUGGUAAUCAUAAAUCUUUCGAAAGUGAUGUCUGGCAGUCUCGUGUCGGUAACGAGUUGUGGCUUGUCGUGUGUGAUACCUUGAAGGUAAACAGAGUGGCAAUAAGGAAGCGGAUAAAAUCAGAUUGCUAUAGGACACCAAGAGCAGAGCUUGUUUGGGGAAAUUCCUCGUGGGUAACGCAUACUGAUAAUGGAAUAAAGUACAGCUGGAAUGUAGAAAAAAAUAUGUUUUGCGCCGGUAAUGCGCCAGAACGGCAUAGGGUCGCAGGAUUUGACUGUAGAGAAGAGGUAGUUGUAGAUAUGUACGCUGGUAUUGGCUAUUUCACUUUGCCAUACAUUAUACAUGCUGGCGCGAAAACAGUGCAUGCUUGUGAGUGGAAUCCUGAUGCUGUUGUUGCAUUACGAUAUAAUUUAUCACAAAAUAAUAUUGUUGAGAAAUGUGUAAUUCACGAAGGAGAUAACCGCGUUGUGUGCCCUGUUGGUGUCGCAAACCGUGUUAACUUGGGACUUCUCCCAUCUUCUAAGAAAGCUUGGAAAACAGCUUGUGCUGCUCUCAAUCCAGUUUCUGGUGGAGUUUUACAUUUACAUGAAAAUGUCACUUCAGGUAAACCCAAAACCACACACGAGGCUACGGGUAACUUUGACAAGGAUUUGGAAAAGCAAACUUGCAUGAACAGUAAGUGUAAUACCUGUGUGCAAUUAAUAUCAACAUUGUCAAAGCAAGAGGAAACAUUUUGUGAAGCUUGUAGCACAUCAUUUUGUUUGCAGUCAGAUAAUAUGAAGAGUCAAGUGCUCAACAAUAUAAAUUUCAGGUGGAAGAAAGUUGAAUGGAAAAUGUGGGCUUUACAUACCUGUCAUACCAUCUGUACAUUGCUCCACACCAUACAUGGUCAAAACCACCCUUGGGAAGUUUCUGUUCAGUGUCUUCACCAUGUGAAGUCAUAUGCACCACAUGUUGACCAUCUUGUUCUUGACUUAAAGUGUAUUCCUUUGAUUGGAUCUGUGUAGCUUUCUGCAUCAAACAAAAUUGAUCUUUUUGUAACAGUUCAUUUUUAUCACACUGUAAUACAUUUUGUGAAACCUGUACUUCGUGUUUACCUGAUUUUCCCCAUCUCAUCGUAUCCUGUUCUGGACUUUACUGAAAAAGUAGUUAUUACUACUACUAUGUAAUUAUGUGGUAUGUUUUCUCUGUUUCAAAAAAGAAGACUAUGUAUGUUCUAAAGUUUCUUGUUGUACUUGAUGGUUAUUGUGUAUGUUGAUACAAUACAUAUAGUAUGUAUCUACCAUGAAGUGUUGUAAAUUAGAUGUCGGUCAAUGUAUUGAAAGCAUGAGCAAGGUGUAAGAGUUCAGACAUCGAGCAUGUAUUCAGGAGCAGAUAGGUUAAUGUUUAGCUCUUGAUGUUAUGAUCAUUUUCCAUCACAUAUUUGAAUGAUGUCAAGUAGGGCAUCAUAAUACCUUGGAAAAUUCCACAGUUUAAUUCCUUUUUAACCAAUGAAUACUUCUGUAUUGUCAGCAGUUGGUUAUUUUGUUGUUGUAAGGGAUACUGUUUUCCUCCAUCUUUUAUUCUGGCCAGGUAUAAUUGAAAAUGUUGCUCGCUAAUAAAAUUGUUCUGAUUUCCAAAUGCUUACACACAAAUUAAACAUAUUUGUUGAUGAGCUCAAAUGGGAGUAACUAAUUCAGUCACACUUAUCAACCACCAGUUUCUCUAAAAGAAAGGGGAAAAAAAUUCUAUAGCACAUGUCUAGGUGCGGUCAAUAAUUAUUUUAAAGGGUGUGAUUUCACAGCUGUCAGAGGUUACUCAAUUUUUUUUAGAAUUUAUUCAUAGCAACUGUUACGUAUUAUUGGGAUCCCAUUCAGUACUGUGGACUUUAGUUUUCAUUGGAGCAUCAUACUAACCCCAGAAAUUCAUUCCAAAAAUUGUUCUUUGAAGGAUUCAGCCUCUCAUGCUCAAUUUUCCUGAAUUAGAACUGUUUUUUUCCUGCAAGUGUCUGGGAUGACUUAAUUCAGUAAAUCCUUUAUUGUUUAAUCCUUAUUUUGUUAUGUUUUCUCAUAGUAGAGCACACCUUUUAAGAACAACCUCUUCAUUAUUGUUGGGGAAAAUAACUGAUUUAGGCCUACAUGUUAUAUCUUAAAAUUAUUCCCACUGAACUGAAAAUGUGUUACCCAUGCUGAUGUCUGCUGCUGUUAUGUAGUACACAAGCUUAGAGCAUUGUUAUAACUGCAGUGUUACAGUACUCCAGACUUACCAAAUUCCUCCCAAGGUGCAAUCUUUUACAAGUGACAAUUGUGAUCAGAAAUAGCUGACAGAAUUAGGUCUUACAUUGGCCACUGC